AUGAAGCCAAAUUUUACCACCUUGCCAAAUGAUUCAAAAGAAGGCAGGUUUACUUCUAAAUCUCACAUUAAUGCUGUCUUGAAUUGUUCAAAUGUGUGGAUCUUGGACUCAGGAGCAACUGAUCACAUCACAUACUCUUUAGAAUAUCUUGAGAAGUACCACAAAACUCAUGGAGAAAAUGUGCAGGUCACACACAUAGGGGAAGUCAAAUUAUUCCCUAAUUUGAUGUUGAAGAAUGUUCUAUGCAUACCUUCUUUUACUUUCAACAUAAUAUCUGCCACUAAGUUGACAAAACAAAAUGACUGCACUCUUGUUAUGAAGGCUGAUAUUUGUGAUAUCAAGGGGCCACAUGGGAUAGUGGAUGGUUUUGCUAGGGUUAAAGGAGGACUCUAUCUACUUGAUCACCCUCCUGCCAAGAGAAGACAGGAUGUUUCCUUUUAUGAGGAUAUCUAUCCUUUCAAAGAAAGAAUGUCAGAAAAUUUUCACAUCCAGAGGCUCAAUCCAACCUUACCUCUGGUCCCUAUUGAUGCAGAUAUUGUUCCAGUCACACAUACAACAGAUCACAAUCAUGCUGAAACACCAAAUCCUGAGCACGAUCCCAUCUAUGAUGACAAUUUGCCAAAUGUUGAGUCCAGAAGUGGAACCGAUCCAAUGAAUAAUACAGAUAGGUCCACAACAGACCAUGACACCAAUUGUGGGGAAGGGACAGAAACUAAUACACAUAGGAGAACCUCCCCACACUCUUUAGAUAAUGUUAUAUCCUAUGAUUCUCUGCCUCUUAGCCACAAGAUUUGUGCAUCAUCUAUUUUAACUGCACAUGAACCAUAUUCCUAUAAUGAGGCUGUUAAAUCUGAAUUAGGGAGAAAAGCUAUGGUGACUGAAAUAGAGGCUUUGGUUGCCAACAACACUUCGAUAUUGACAGAUUUUCCUGUUGGUAAGACUCCUAUUGGAUACUAUACUGAAACUUUCUCACCUGUUGCAAGAAUGGCUACAAUCAGAAUUUUUCUAGCUGUGGCCAUUGCAAGGGGAUGGGACAUUCAACAGUUGGAUAUAAACAAUGCCAGUAGACAGUGGAAUGCAAAGUUGACAAAAGCUUUGCUAGAAAAUGGUUAUCAUCAGUCCACAGCUGAUCCCUCCCUAUUCACAAAGACCUCAGGAAGUUCCUUUACUGCUCUUCUCAUUUAUGUUGAUGAUAUCUUGGUGACUAGGACUGAUUCAUCACAGCUCAGCCAAUUUGUUGAUAAGCCCACCACUGCUCACCUUACUGCUGCACACAGGGUGCUUAGGUUCCUCAAAGAUUCACCAGGAAAAGGAAUGUUUUACCAGAAGGGAUCUCAGUUCGAACUGCAAGGGUUUUCAUAUUCUGAUUGGGCAAAUUGUCCAGAAUCUAGGAAAUUCAUCACCGGAUAUUGUAUCUACCUUGGAAGCAACCUGAUUUCAUGGAAAACCAAAAAGCAAGCAACUGUUUCAAGGUCCUCCUCAGAAGCUGAAUAUAGAGCCUUAGCCUCAACUGUCUGUGAGAUCCAAUGGCUUCAUUAUCUCCUAGCUAAUUUGCAGGUUCCUCUUGAUGUUCCUACAUCUUUGUUCUGUGACAAUCACUCAGCCAUUGCCAUUGGGGAAAACCAUGUUUUCCAUGAACGUACAAAGCAUAUAGAAAUAGAUUGUCACAUUGUCAAACAAAAGGUUAAUGAAGGGUUGAUUAAGCUUCCACCAAUUCCUUCUCAGAAGCAAAUAGCUGAUGGUUUUACCAAACCCUUGCCAACUCCAGCCUUCAAUACUUUCCAACUUAAGCUUGGCCUUCAAGAUGUUCAUGCUCCAAGCUUACGGGGGGUUGAUGAAGGAUACAAAGCAAAACAACUGAAGAUGAAGGAUGCAAAGCAACUGAAAUAA